AAUAAAUCAUAAACAUUGCUCAGUUGUGGCAACAUUCUUAUAACUGUUGUCGGUUAUUCUUUAACUCAAAAUGACCUACUGGAAAGAACUACGUUGGCUUAAUGCUUUCGGGUGGUGGCCAUUAUAUGAAAAAAAUCCCAAAAUAAGAAAGCUUUACAGAUAUUAUGGCUAUGCACUCUUCAUAUCUGAUUUUAUCCAAGUUGGGCCAGAAUACAUUGCCCUUUUUGUCCGAAUGAGGGAAGGCAGUUUUAGGAAGACAAUUUUAAACCUUAAUACAACACUAGCCGGGACAACUUGUGCCAUAAAACUGUUGCAUUUAUUCCACCAAGAAAAUCGGAUUGCAAAUAUCAUAGAUGAAAUUGACGAAUUGGAGGACCGUGGCAGUUCAGAAAUCGGAGACAAGAUUGAACACAUCAAAAAACCGAUUGAGAGGAGAAAAUCUAUAACAUGGAACAUAGUGCAGACAUUUGUCGUAUUCUCAUUACACUGGUUGGUGACACCGAUCUUAAUGGGUUUGCAAGGGGUCAAGCGCCCUAUCAUAGAUUCUUGGACUCCAUGGACACAGGAAACUUGGUCGGGCUGGGCUUUGACUCUGGGAUUUCAGUCAGUUCAUGUUUUCACAGCAAUAGUCGGUUUGUUUAUGACAAACUGUCUUUACAUUUCAAUCUUAGAAAGCAUUUUACUCAACUUCAACAUUCUCCAUCAAAUGUUGUUAGAUUUGGACUUUGAAAAAAAUACAUCAAAAUUUGGAGAUUAUAUUACAUAUCAUCAAAAUCUUUUGAGGGUGACCAAAGAAGUGAAUAAUAUAUUCGGCAGGGUUCAGCAGAUGCAGUGUAUAACGGUGAUUGCUAUAUCCUGUUUCAGCGUUAUUGAAAUAAAUGAGAAUACGCCUGUCAACAGACUUCUCAACCUGAUUGAGUUGGUCUCUAGCGUCUUGUUUUUCUUCUUGUUGGACUGUUAUUUGAGCCAGAGCGUCAGCGAGGCCUCUUCCAAUGUUGCGAGAUGCGCUUAUCAGAACAACUGGUAUUUGGCUUCCUUCAAGGACAGAAAAGCUUUAAAACUUAUGCACGAACGUUCGAAAAAGCCCCAGAUGUUCGGCGGUUUUAUAAUUAUUGAGUUGAACACAUUUAUCACGGUAAUAAAGUCAGCCUUCUCGUAUUACAACUUUCUGAAAGCGAUUGAUAUGAAGACAUAGGAUAUGCCCUGGAUCAUAUGAUUUAUAUUGUCUCUUAGUCAAUCACUUAGUGAUAUAUAAUAAAUAGAUGCUGGUGGAAUUCCCAUGAAUAAAUGAAAAUCGCAAAUUGUGUCAGUUUUCAGAAAUAUCCGCCAUUUUUUUCAAAUAUUUUGUGGCCAUUUUUAUUUACUUUAUCAAAUCUUGCAUCAAGCCUA